GGAAUUUAAGACAAAACUACUACUACUACUACUACAAUUGGAAUUUAAAAACAACUGAUUCAGAAACGUUGAGUGAAUUAAUAAGUUUCUUUGUUGUAUUAUUAUUGUAUAUUUUAUACGCUACGAAACCGAAUAUUAUUAUUGAUAAUGUCGUCCUUUCAUAAAGUUAUAGUAUUCGUUGGAUAUCUUUCGUUAUUUCAUUCUGCUUUCUCGGCUGCACAACAUCGUUCAUAUUUGAGAAUCACAUCACAAGAAUUUACCACAUUGCCAUUAGAUAUUGUGGUGCAAGCAGUUCUGAGUUUAUUUGCAAUAAUGUGGGGAGUGCUGAACUUGGCUGGUAAUUUAAGGGAGAUUCUUGCUGCUGCUGAACUGAACAACCUUACUUGGGAGACACAAUGCAAUAUGCCCUCUUUUGCCAUCUUCAACCAUAGAGGGAGAUCCCUAUCUGCAAAAUAUGUACCCAGCACUAGUAAAGCAGAGUUAGAAAAUUCAGAAUAAUCAACUAUUCAUAUUUUUGUAUAGUUUAAUUUGUUAAUAAUAAUAAUAAUAAGUAUUUAGUUAUUAUAAUUUGGUUUUAUUUAAUUUCUUAGCCUAUUUUUACUGAUCUAUAACAAAAAGACGGAGUUAUACCGAGUUGUAUGUACAGGUAAAUAUAUAAUGAAGCAUUGUUUCAUUG